AUGCCCAACCCCAACCCCAAACUUGACUCUGUCUUGCACAAGCUCGCGGACAAGCUGGCUCACGUAGUACCUCCAUAUCCCGCCGUCACGGGUGCACCAUCCGCCUCGAGAAGCCGUCAAACUGCUGCGAUUAUCGCCAAUCAUGAUACUACUAUUCGCAAACUAGCUAUCGACUCUCCCGUCGGGUACGAUUCAAUAUUGGAGAAAGAACUGGACAUAGAGGGUGUGCGAAAAAAGGAAGAGGACUCUUUGGGGUCAGAACGCUACUUCUGGGAAGACCUCAGGAUUAUGGGCAGCGGCACUUGCCUGGUUGACAGGUGGAACCGUGAUCCCGGCACCGAAAAGUGGGUCCAUGAUGUACUUUAUAAUUUCACGAAAACCAUUUUAGGUAUCAUCAAAGUGCAAAUACUCACAGAGUGGGGGUUGGACAACGAAACCCAAGAAGCAAAGGAGGCGAUACGCCUCCUGGAGAGGUUUCAGAUUAACAGCGAAGCAGCUGAGGGGGGGAACAGGUCAGACGUGGGGAUCAUGCUCCAACCGGAGGGGGGUGAAGAUAAGCUCAGGCGGGCUGCUGCCAUUGAUGCGAAAAGCACCAGCAUAACCAAUUAUCGCUAUUCCCAAACUCCAGGCCCAGGUAACACAAAGGACGGAUACCUCCAGGGGCUCCUAGAUUCGAACGCACAUUUAUCCUCUCAAUUUGACCCGACUAGUCGAAACAGUUGGAAGAACAAUGUGCUUUAUUUGUUAGCACAGAUGAUGAGUCAGGCUGAUAGCUCUGAAACUAAGCUCUGCUUGUUUAGUUCUAUUUGUGGAUUCACUCGCAUCGGAUACGUAACGUCGAACAACACGCUACUGCUGUCCGAAAACCUCUCGCAACCGGAUUCCCAAGAAUCACGCAACAAAACCCGCACAUACGUGCCCUUCAUCUACCUCCUGCAUCAGUUCAUGAUCACUGUGAUGAUAAAAAUAGCUCCCGCCAUCCUUCCUUCUGAAUCGCGACUAUCGAAUUUCUCCAUUAUCCCACAGAACGUCAGAACAUCUCCCUCAAUGCCACCUCACACAGAUCCUUUAUUAUGGGGAGCUGAGUUAAUUUCACCCUUCUUACAGUGGGCGAACAUGAAUAUAUCUGCAUACUUGAUCCGGACAGCACCAGGAAUCCUUAGGUUCAUCUCUGGCUUCACCGCAACUGAAGUUAGCGGUGAAUUUAGAAAUUUCAGCCCCAGUGUCUUUCGGCUCCCACAACUUCGACUUCAAUUUCCGCAUCCAGUAAUAAGGGAGUUUACGGCGAUCAGUAUCAACUACGAAACCCGACUCGUACUGAAGGAGUUUCGCGAUGAGGAAAUGUUCACACGUGAACUUUCCGCGUACAAUGUCUUCAAUCGAUCGAAAUUUCCCUAUGUUCCAAAGUUGUACGGGGCCUUCUAUAACCCUUGGAGACAGACGAGGUGCAUUUUGAUAGAGUAUAUAGGGGCUACGUUGGGUUUCGGAGAGGAAGGGUCACUCAACGACCAGGAAUGGCAAGUUCUCAAUCCACUUGUGUUCCUCAAUGGCUCCUGA